GGUUAGGGGCAUGGUUUUGGGUAUUUAUAAGACUACUAUAAAGGUUGUCACCCCCUACAUCAUAGAAGCUCAGUCAGAGAGGAAUGCACGUAUGUCCAUUGAGGCUAAAUUUGAAGCAUCAAUGACUCAAAUUACUAAACUUAGGCAACAAAUUACUCAAAGCCAACUACUUCACCGCUCCCCUGAUACAGCUACAUCUCAGGCCCACCGUCGAUCUGGUGAGCCCUCAAGUAUUCGAGAAGACUCUGCAACAACUCCAUCGAUGGAACAAAGUUGCCAAUUGAGAGAUAUCUGUGGUCGGACUAUUACUAGUGGGCGGAUGGUGUCGGAUAAUACAGGCAUCCCUCCAGAAUGCAUCAGAGUUAUAAUAGAUGAUAUCAACGUUCGCACAACAGAGUUGUUUAAUGAUGACAGGACAUUUGAAGAUAUUCAAUUAGGUGAAAUUGUUGUUUGGCCCAAAUUCCUGAUGAAAAUUUGAAUAUUCUGUAGUUUUGUUUAACUUUUUGAACUCUAGGACAUUUUGUAUGACGAAAACUUGAUUAUUCACUGAAAUUCUUUUUUGAUCAAGUUGCC